AUCGUUUGACCCGUAUUCUCAAUUUUAGUUGGAUAGCAAUUUAUGAUUUAACAUAAAAGGAGCGGUCGUUGCCCAAGGAUUUACACAUUCGCUCCACGCGCGUGGGAGCCCAAGGAAUGGUAAUGCGGAUUGCUGCUCGGCGUUCAGACCACCGGCGGGCGCCGAAGCGAAGUGUUAUUUUUUUUAAUAUAAUAACAUUUAUAAAUAAAACAUGUCGUUGGAAGCAAAAAUAUAUAGCCUCCGAGUGAUUUUGGUUAUAAUUUCCUUCGCGCCAUUACAAGGGGUUACAGUAAAGCCGGUGCGAUGUCCAACAAAUAAAAUAGCACCUCACAAAAGGUCACCAUAUCUCGGGCAGUAUGGAGCCCGAACCUUCGGUGGAGCCUUUUAUGAUUUGGUGAGCCCGGGCGGGGCGCAGCUCGACCAGUUGAGCGCGCUGCAAGAGCGGCCGCAGGAGGACGAUCCGGACGACUGUGGCGACAUCGAGGAUUAUGACGAAACGGACUUGAGUUCUCUCAGUCAGCCAAACACAUAUCCAGGGUACAACAACCGCUUCUUCUUCGGGGGUUUAUUUAAUAGACCUGGGCAGGUCCCGACGACGGUGCCGCCGACGCGUCCGACGUACAAGCCUUUGCCUACGCCGGGGCCGCCGUACUGGUCGGGCGGAUAUUUCGGCAACAAUCACUACCGGCCGCCGGUGCAGCAAGAACCAUCGGACUACGUAAAACCCGUUCAUGAGGGUGCUUACGAGGAUCAUUCGACGUAUCGUCCGGACAUCGUAGGAGGUCCGCUGGGGCACGUCGUGGGGCACCGUCCCGCGCGGCCCACCACCAGGCCGGACGACCACACCACCGUCACGAGGCGCCCAUACCCCACGCGAUACCCACCGCGACCCACCGAGCCAACAUACACCAGACCGGCCACGGACAGACCCAGAAUGUUCAACAACGACGGAAUACUAGGCUCAUUCAUUGAUCUACUACUAUUUAAAUGAUUUAGUUGCGACUGCUAUUUAUUUUGCGUAGUUAAGUAAGGUAAU